CCGGAUAUAGGAAAAUUGUAUUCUGGGAGUUAAAACACAACAGAAAUUUCAGAAAAAAAAUUUGCUGACAUAAUUUAUUGAUAAAGAAAUACAUUUUCUGAAUAGACAUGAGGUUCAAGAAUAAGCACUAACUUUCUUUGUAAAAGAAAGCUCUACACGAGUGUCCAAACUUGAUUUAACCUUUUAGCCUUUGAAAAUAUAUGAAACAUCGCUUUCGAUUUUGAUUUCAGCUGAUUUUCGUCACAAUUUGCGACGUUUAUUGAAAGAAAAAUGAGCCGAAAUCAAGCCAGAAAAGAUACCAAAAUGAGGAUUAGGGCAUUCCCUAUGACUAUGGAUGAGAAGUAUGUAGACAAUAUUUGGGCAUUAUUAAAAAAUGCUAUACAAGAAAUACAGAAGAAAAAUAACAGCGGUCUUAGUUUUGAAGAAUUGUAUAGAAAUGCAUACACCAUGGUCCUACAUAAACAUGGCGAGAAACUGUACUCCGGUUUGCAAGAAGUUGUCACAGAACAUCUAGUGAAAAAGGUACAAGUAGAUGUACUUGCAGCAUUAAACAAUAAUUUUCUACUAACAUUGAACAGUGCCUGGAGUGAUCAUCAAACUUCUAUGGUUAUGAUAAGAGAUAUACUUAUGUAUAUGGAUAGAGUAUAUGUACAGCAGAACAAUGUGGAUAAUGUGUAUAAUCUCGGACUAAAGAUAUUUAGAGAUGAAGUAGUACGUUACCAGACAAUUAAUGAACAUCUAAGACACACACUCCUAGAUAUGGUGGCAAAAGAAAGAAGAGGAGAAGUUGUUGAUAGGGGAGCUGUAAAGAAUGCAUGUCAGAUGUUGAUGAUUUUAGGAAUAGAAACAAGACAAGUAUAUGUUGAAGAUUUUGAACAACCUUUCCUCUCAGAAUCCAGGGAAUUCUACCAGGCUGAGAGUCAGAAGUUUUUAGCAGAGAACAGUGCAUCAAUGUAUAUAAAGAAAGUUGAAGCUCGUAUAAAUGAGGAGGCUGAGAGAGCUACACAUUAUCUUGAUAAAACAACCGAGGAGCCAAUAGUUAAAGUUCUAGAGGAGGAAUUGAUUAGCAAGCAUAUGAAAACCAUUGUUGAGAUGGAGAACUCUGGGGUUGUACAUAUGCUCAAAAACAACAAAACAGAUGAUUUAUGUUGUAUGUACAAACUGUUGGUACGAGUACCAAAUGGUUUAAAGACAAUGUGUACAUGUAUCAGUGGUUAUCUACGAGAGCAGGGCAAAGCUCUCGUAUCUGAGGAAGGUGAAGAUGGCAAAAAUGCUAUCACAUAUGUACAGAAUCUACUUGAUUUGAAGGAUAGAUUUGACCAUUUCCUGCAUGAGUCAUUCAGCAAUGAUAAUCUAUUUAAAAAGAUGAUAUCAAGUGACUUUGAGUAUUUUAUAAACCUGAAUGCCAAGUCCCCGGAAUUUCUGUCCCUCUUUAUAGAUGAUAAACUGAAAAAGGGAGUAAAAGGGAUGACAGAGCAGGAGAUAGAGACUGUGUUAGACAAGAGUAUGGUAUUAUUCCGUUUUCUACAAGAGAAAGAUGUGUUUGAGCGAUACUAUAAACAACAUCUGGCACGUAGAUUACUGCUCAAUAAGAGUGUUUCUGAUGACUCAGAGAAGAAUAUGAUCUCCAAGUUAAAGACUGAAUGUGGCUGUCAAUUUACAUCAAAACUGGAAGGAAUGUUUAAAGAUAUGACCGUGUCAAAUGGCUAUAUGGAGGAAUUCAGGGGCUUUAUAAACCAAGCUAAUGUAAAUUUACAGGGAGUAGAUUUAACUGUGAGAGUACUCACUACAGGAUACUGGCCCACCCAAUCUGCCACACCUAAGUGUAAUAUACCACAGGCUCCUAGAUCUGCCUUCGAACAGUUCAGAAGGUUUUACCUAGCCAAGCACAGUGGUAGACAGUUAACCUUACAACCACAGCUUGGGUCAGCUGAUCUGAAUGCAGUAUUUUAUGGUGUAAAGAAAGAGGACUCGAGUGAAAGUGUUGGUGCCAGCUCAUCUAAAGGUCCAAGAAAACAUAUAAUACAAGUGUCCACAUACCAGAUGUGUGUAUUGAUGCUGUUUAACAAUAGAGAUAAAUGGACAUACGAGGAGAUAAGAAGUGAGACUGAUAUACCAGAGAAAGAUUUGUUGAGGGCAAUACAGUCACUAGCUGUUGGUAAAAUAGCACAAAGAAUUCUACACAAAGAACCAAAAAAUAAAGAAAUUGAACCAAGUCAUGUGUUUACUGUUAAUGACCAGUUCACCUCAAAAUUAUACAGAGUGAAAAUACAGACAGUUGCUGCUAGUAAAGGUGAAGCGGAGCCUGAGAGGAAGGAGACAAGGACUAAAGUAGAUGAAGACAGAAAACAUGAGAUUGAAGCUGCCAUUGUGAGAAUAAUGAAGGCUAGACGAAAACUACAACAUAAUGUUCUUGUUACUGAGUGCACAGAACAGCUGAAGAGUAGAUUUUUACCAAGUCCUGUUGUUAUAAAGAAGAGAAUAGAAGGUCUUAUAGAGAGAGAAUAUUUAGCUAGAACACCCGAGGAUAGGAAAGUAUACACGUAUGUAGCCUAAGCAUAAUUUAUGAUACACUAAGUGUUGACACAAUUACUAUGGAAAUGCUUGUAGUAAAAUCACAAUAACUGGAAUACCAGGCUAUAACUUGGCUGACUUCUCAACUAGAAUAUCAAGUUUGUGCCCGGCUAACUUCUUUGUUUUUAUAAAGUUCUUAUUUCAAUAACAAGACUUGGAAUAAGAUGUUUCAUGGAGAGACAGGAUUUAUGUUUAACUGAGGAUAAACUGUUAUGUUAGUUAAGGAUGUUUCAUGUUAAAACUAGACUAGAAUGUUACUGGAUUAUAGUGUCACUAUAUUUUGUGGCAGUUAUGUGGGUGGGUUUGGUUGUUUAUGUACAGUGAAGAUUUAUUGCACUAUAAGGCAAGACAUUGUACAUUAACUUUAAACAACCUUACGUUGCUGUAGAUACUGUAUUUUAUCACAAGUGUUGCUUUCUUUUUGGAAUUAACAAUUUGAUAUUAUUUUAUCCAGAUUGCUAAUUGCAGAUUUCAGGCUGUAAUGUGUCUAAGUUAAUUUUUUUAUUGCCAUGACUACAGCUUGCUUUUUAUCUUUCUAAUGUUGUAUCCAAGGUAAUAUUUUUACCAUGCAAAUGUUCAUUUUAUCUCAGUGACACUUCCAUGGAGUGUAACAUUGUUGUUAUGGUGGUCAGUGUAUUACUAUGGUAACAUAAGCAAUGAAUGGCAUACACUCACUCACGCUAAAUUAUCAACACCUGGUAUAAGAUAGUAGACAUUAACAUUGAUGUACUGUUCAUGUAUUCAUGAAUUAACCUGUUAUCAGUAUGAAGCAUGAAUGAUUCUUGUGUGUUUUUUCAUGUAAUGUAAAUUAUAAAUAAACGGGGGAUUAACAUUGGAUUAUAUGUGAAACAUUUUACAUACAUAUAUUGGGUUUAAAAUUCAUUGUAUUUUUGUGUCCGUCAUUCCUUGUAGAUACUGUUACUUGCAAAUAUAGAUUAUGUUCUGUUUAUAACUUUAGUUUGUUUCCCCCCAAGUUAAACAAUGAAACAAAUCAUUAAGCUAUUCUCUUUUUUUCUUUUUUUUUUUUCGCUGUUAAUAAUGAUAUAUGAUAUUCAUAUGAGCUAAUGUUACUAUUAUUUUAAUGUUUAACAAUAUACUAAGAAGUUGUAAGUUUAUCUAAAGAUGCUUGCCUGAUAUAAUGGGUACCUUGUCUUUGAAACUUGAACAAUGUUACAUCAGUGUAAUACAACACUAAGUGAACAAUGUUAUCAUCGGUGUAAUACAACACUAAGUGAACAAUGUUACAUCAGUGUAAUACAACACUAAGUGAACAAGGUUACAUCAGUGUAAUACAACACUAAGUGAACAAUGUUACAUCAGUGUAAUACAACACUAAGUGAUUAGCUUGAUAUUUAUAAAAGAAAUUAUUUUAUUAAUUUAAGAAGAAUAUUACAUCCAUACAUAAAAAAAAAUUUUUACUUAAAUAAGUUUAGGAAUAGAUUUCAAGAGUUUAUGUAAUCAUGAAGAGUUGCAACCCCUGACACUGUAUAGGAAAAUUUAAUUUUGUUACUUCAUUGAUAAAUUACCAAUGCUUUAUGUUGGCUUGUGGUUUAAUGUCACUAUUAAACUUUGAAAAGAUAGUUUCAACUAUUUAGCCACUGUAAUCUUUAUUAGAUUUAACAACGUAAAGUUUAGCCUGUUUCUCAGAUUUUUAAUCCUUAUUUGACAAAUUGGAUAUGAACUUCAACUAUUUUUGUUUCAACCCUUCAAACUAUAAUUUCAAAUCAUGUAUGGUAUGUUAGGAAGUAAAUCCAACUAUGUUUCUACCCAGCCUGAAAUAUUGCAGAAAGGUACACCUCUAGUCUCUUCUGCUAUCUGACGAUUACAGUGAAUUAAGUCAAAUUUCCGAAUUAAAAACCUGCCUGAUGUCAUUAUAUACGAAAAAAAGCACCCAUUUGAAAAAUUUGUCUCUUUAAUACUUUUAUGAAAUGACUUUAUAAAAAUUAAAUGUAAAACAAAUAGGUUUUGUUUUAGUACAUUGAAUGAAAUAUUGUUUUUAUUGAAGUGUUAAAAUUCUAGAUAUUACUAAGAUGAGCAUAUGGUUAAGGUUUAAGGAUUUGAGAAACAGUUUAAAAUAGUAGAGUAAUGGCAAAAUAAACUUGCCCUCAUUCACGGAGAUAUAGUAUACUAAAUGAUGUCAAACAUAUUUUGGUCUGUAUCCAUGUUGUAGAUUUAUUCAUUCUUGUUCAUAAAAUUUUGAAAUGUUCUGAUCUAUUUUUUUCCUUCGUUUUUAUAGACAAGUGGGAAAUUAAUUGAUAAAAUAAUUAGAAAUAUUAAAUAUCAGAUAUUUAAGCUAACAUUGUAACUGUGAAUAUUGUGUUUUUUGUUUGUUUUUUUAUUUGCCACAAUUCAGAAUGUGGUUUUCAAGAUGAAACAAACUUUGAUGUAUGCAUAAGAUUAUUUAUGCUGCUCAUAAUAAAUGAAUAAAAAUUUCA